GCUGGGGCACCCGGGAGUCACCCGCCCCUGUCCACAGCCCGCCAGUCCCCACCUCUACCACCAUGUCCACCCACCGCCUUGUGAUGGUUCGGCACGGUGAGAGCACCUGGAACCAGGAGAACCGCUUCUGUGGUUGGUUCGACGCAGAGCUGAGCGAGAAGGGGGCUGAGGAGGCCAAGAGGGGGGCCCAGGCCAUCAAGGACGCCAAGAUGGAAUUUGACAUCUGCUACACGUCAGUGCUGAAGCGGGCCAUACGCACCCUCUGGACCAUCCUGGACGGGACGGACCAGAUGUGGCUGCCCGUGGUGCGUACCUGGCGCCUCAAUGAGCGGCACUACGGGGGUCUCACUGGCCUCAACAAGGCAGAGACGGCCGCUAAGCACGGGGAGGAGCAGGUGAAGAUCUGGAGGCGCUCCUUUGACAUCCCACCACCCCCCAUGGAUGAGAAGCACCCCUACUACCACUCCAUCAGCAAGGAGCGUCGGUAUGCAGGCCUGAAAGCUGGGGAGCUGCCCACGUGUGAGAGCCUCAAGGACACCAUUGCACGGGCCCUGCCCUUCUGGAAUGAUGAGAUCGCCCCUCAGAUCAAGGCUGGCAAGAGAGUGCUCAUUGCAGCCCACGGGAACAGCCUACGGGGAAUCGUCAAGCACCUGGAAGGGAUGUCGGACCAGGCCAUCAUGGAGCUGAACCUGCCCACGGGGAUCCCCAUCGUGUACGAGCUGGACCAGGCGCUGAAGCCCACCAAGCCCAUGCGUUUCCUGGGGGACGAGGAGACCGUGCGGAAGGCCAUGGAAGCUGUGGCCGCCCAGGGAAAGGCCAAGUGAAGGGCGGGCUCUGGCAAUAAAGGCACCUCCUUCCACA